CGUCUUUUAGCGGGCGUCUAGCAGUAGAGCGCCGUGACGUAAUGUGAAGGGUCACCCAAAAGGGCUAAGUUGGACCAAUGAGGAGGGACAGGGGGCUGGUUCGCUUGUUCUCACGCCCGACCCUCAGACCGAGCCCGAAGAAAGUUUAGCUUCUCAGAGGGAGAGGAGCGAACAUGGCAGCGCGUUGGUGUCUUUGGUGUGUCUCCGCGAACAUGGCGGUGGCGCUGCUGCUCAGUUACGGGGUUCCCUCAGCUUCUGCCCAAAGAAAGAAGGAGAUGGUGUUAUCAGAAAAGGUUAGUCAACUGAUGGAGUGGACCAAUAAAAGACCCGUAAUAAGAAUGAAUGGAGACAAGUUUCGUCGCCUUGUUAAAGCCCCACCAAGAAACUACUCUGUUAUUGUCAUGUUCACUGCUCUCCAACUUCACAGACAGUGUGUUGUGUGCAAGCAAGCUGAUGAAGAAUUUCAGAUCCUGGCAAACUCCUGGCGAUACUCCAGUGCAUUUACCAACAGGAUAUUUUUUGCUAUGGUAGAUUUUGAUGAAGGCUCUGAUGUAUUUCAAAUGCUAAACAUGAAUUCAGCUCCAACUUUCAUCAACUUUCCUGCAAAAGGGAAACCCAAACGAGGUGAUACAUAUGAGUUGCAGGUGCGUGGUUUUUCAGCUGAACAGAUUGCCCGGUGGAUUGCUGACAGAACUGAUGUCAACAUUAGAGUAAUUAGACCUCCAAAUUAUGCUGGUCCUCUUAUGUUGGGAUUGCUUUUGGCUGUUAUUGGUGGACUCGUAUAUCUUCGAAGAAGCAAUAUGGAAUUUCUCUUCAAUAAGACUGGAUGGGCUUUUGCAGCCUUGUGUUUUGUGCUUGCUAUGACAUCAGGUCAAAUGUGGAACCAUAUAAGAGGACCACCGUAUGCUCAUAAGAAUCCCCACACAGGACAUGUGAAUUAUAUCCAUGGAAGCAGCCAAGCCCAGUUUGUAGCUGAAACACAUAUUGUUCUUCUGUUUAAUGGUGGGGUUACCUUAGGGAUGGUGCUCUUAUGUGAAGCUGCUACCUCUGACAUGGAUAUUGGAAAGCGAAAGAUAAUGUGUGUGGCUGGUAUUGUACUUGUUGUAUUAUUCUUCAGUUGGAUGCUGUCUAUUUUCAGAUCUAAAUAUCAUGGAUAUCCAUAUAGCUUUCUGAUGAGUUAAAAAGGACCCCAGAGAUAUGUAGACACUGGAGUAAUGGAAAUUGGAAAAUGAAAAAUGGGUGUGUGUUGUAAAGAAUGAAAUUUGUGUAUUUUGUAUUACCUCUUUUUUUUUCAAGUGAUUUAAAUAGUUAAUCAUUUAACCAAAGAAGAUUUGUAGUGCCUUAACAAGCAAUUUCUUGUCAAAACCAUGAAGUAUUUUGGAUACAAUUCUCCUCAUAACCUUCCCUUCCUGAUGAACUUUAUGUAACAUUUAAUUUAGUAAAAUUAAGUACAUUAUAAAAAUUUUAUAACUACUACAUUUUAAUUAGAACAAGGUUCAAAACUGCUUUAGUAAGCUUUUGGCUAUCUGAUUUUAUAUUAUCUUACCCAAAAUUAGGGGAAAAAAAGAACUGACCAGGUGUUCCUACAUAUGCCUAUUAACAGAUAAAUGUAUCAGGAAUCUAGUUUUAGCUUUUCCAUCUUUGCAUGGAUGUGUAUACUUUGCACAUCUUUCCUUUUGGGUGGGGAAAUCUGUGCUAUCCAAUCUUCUGAAAAUAGAACAAUAUUGUUUAGAGUACAUAUCUAACCUGUAGAAAAGACUAGCCAGUCCUCCCCCUCCUUCAUGUUUUCUGCUGAAAUACAGUGCUAGUUAUGCUUCGUGGUAGCUAUAGAUAUUAAAAAGUCUAAAUACAGGAUUAUGAUUUCUGCAUGAAUGUGUUGUUAACUAUUUUUAUUUGGAAAGAUUUCAGGUUUAUUCUGUCUCCUUAAUUUCUUUUAUUUACGGUAGGUUCCACUCUAAUAAAAAUGUAGCUUAGUGCUAAAAUCAGUGUUACUUAAAAAUCGUCUGAAAUGUUUCUGCAAAUUAAAGAUUGUUGCUUAUUUCAUUUGUACCUUAGAGAAAAAAAUAGGUUCAUCUGGUUAAGUCAAUUUCUGUAUUACAGUUACAACAUAUUUCAUUAACCCUCGUAUUUAGGAGAAGGACUCCCUUAGACUGGAAGAAGCACAUCCUGACAUAAUUGAGUUGUUGCCUGUGAAUGGAAAGUAAAUUGUUUCCUGACAGUUCUGUUUUUGCUAUUAUUUUAGCCUUCAUUCCCACACCUCAAGUAGAGAAACAGUAAAUAUUUGAAGAGUUUUUGAGUUUUGUCUUUUUUUCUGUCAGUGGAAAUAACCAUAAAUGCUAACCAAAUUUAUGUGAAGAAUGAAAGAAUGAAAGUUAUCAUUAGAUCUAGCCAUAACCUUUCCUAUAGCUAUGAAGAAUAUCCUGAAAUUCCACUAUUAUGGAAAUAUGAUAAUUACGAUUGUGAAAAAAUUUUAAAGCAAUCUUAGAAGUAUUACAUUAAAAUAAUACUUUGCCUAGUAUUUACUAUCUAAUAACUCCCAUGUGGUCUAAAAGUCUUACAUAAAGAGAUUUGCAGAAGAGAUGGAUAUAAUUGCCUAAGAAGAAACAUUUUAUGAGGGUUUUUGUUUGAAGAUUUGGUGGGUGGGGACAUACAGUUGACCAUUUCCCCUUUAGUGAAUUCACUUUUUGGUAAUUACUUCCCUGUAAAUUGUGUGAUUUUGGAUUCCUUAUCUGUUAUUCUUGUAAUUGUCUCAGGCCAAAUAAAUUUAUGCUGUGAUUCUUAUGAGACUUGUAUAAAGAUGCCCUGAUUUGUACAGACUGACCAGGGUAAUACUACUUCCAUGUAAUCUGUAUAGCUCCAGAUAAUGUGCCAUGAGCAUUGAAAGAAUGACACUUUUUUUUAAUUUGUUUUGUCUCCCUUAUAGCACAUUUUUCUUGUGCAGGGAGAAAAGUUACAUUCUAGCUAAAAUCUGUAGAAAGCAGAUUUACUAAACUUAGAAUAGAGUUAAUUUUAUGUAAACUUUGAAAUUUGCUUUCAUCUGAAGUGCCUUAAAGUAGACUCUUAAUUUACUUUUCUAGUAAUGUUUUAAAUAUUAUUUGUUAUGCAUUUUAAAAAUACUAUUCAAAAUGACAUUGUAGUAGCACAGAUAACCAAAUGUCUGGCUAUUUGCUUUUUGACCAUAUCAAUAAACUUUUACAAUCUA